AUGGCAGAAAACGCGCCGCCUACGAGCUCCUCCACUCUCCCUCCCCCUCCUCAGCCAUCCGCUGGAGCACCAGGCCAGCCCCAAUUCGACUCCGCCCAGGGAAACGGUCAGGGGACAGGCGCUCAUAUGCAGCCUCCUUCGUUGCCGCCCGUGGUGAUCCCACAAAAAACAAAUCCGAUCCCUACAGCCAUCACCUCGCCCAUGUCGGGGCAAAUGAUGUCGCCUACCAGCGCGGGCGGCUUUGUGCGUCGGGCAGCUCCUGAACCAAACAAAAGAGCUCUCUAUAUUGGCGGCUUAGACGCUCGAGUCACCGAAGACAUCUUGAAGCAGAUCUUUGAGACUACUGGCCACGUACAGAGUGUCAAAAUUAUUCCAGACAAGAAUUUCCAAAGCAAAGGCAUGAACUACGGCUUCGUGGAGUACGACGACCCAGGUGCCGCUGAAAGAGCCAUGCAGACCCUCAACGGCCGUCGCAUUCAUCAAUCCGAAAUUCGCGUGAACUGGGCCUACCAGUCCAACAACAGCCACAAGGAGGAUACCUCGAACCAUUUUCACAUCUUCGUCGGUGAUUUGAGUAACGAAGUCAACGAUGAAGUCUUGCUCCAGGCCUUCUCCGCGUUUGGUUCUGUUUCUGAAGCUCGAGUCAUGUGGGACAUGAAAACUGGUCGUUCUCGAGGAUAUGGAUUUGUCGCAUUCCGCGAGUUCGAGGACGCCGAGAAAGCUUUGAAGUCAAUGGAUCGUGAAUGGCUAGGCUCACGCGCGAUUCGUUGCAACUGGGCCAACCAGAAGGGACAACCAUCAAUCUCCCAGCAGCAGGCUAUGGCCGCGAUGGGCAUGACCCCAAGUGCACCCUUCGGCCACCAUCACUUCCCGACUCACGGCGCAAAUAGCUAUGAUAUGGUUGUCGCCCAGACCCCACAAUGGCAAACAACAUGCUACGUUGGAAACCUUACUCCAUACACCACCCAGAACGACCUUGUCCCAUUGUUCCAGAACUUUGGUUAUGUUGUCGAGACCCGUUUGCAGGCAGACCGUGGAUUCGCCUUCUUGAAAAUGGAUACUCACGAAAAUGCAGCCAUGGCUAUCUGCCAGCUCAACGGAUAUCAAGUCAACGGUCGUCCACUCAAGUGCAGCUGGGGCAAGGAUCGCCCGCCUACGGGUCAGUUUGACGGCUACCAAGCUCAGCAAGGUGGCCCAGGCUUCAAUGCAUCCCCUUACUUCCCGCAGUAUGGGGUGCCAGGAGGUCCGAUGAGUCCUCAAGGUCCUGCUCCGGCUGGCCGUGGCUGGGAUCAACAGGGUAACAAUUUUUCUGGUGGAGCAGGCUAUCAAGCUCCUGGUAGUGCCGGGGGUUACGGUCGUGGACAGAACAACGCAGGUAACAACUGGCAGCAGCCCGGUGGUAACAACCAGAACAACAACAAUUUCAACCAAGGCGGUUACCAGUCUUGAGUUGUUUCAUGGUUUUCGGUUUUCGACUUUUCAGAAAUCCAUAUUGAGUGGAUUUCUCUCUUCUCUGAAGGGCAGAUUUUUACCUUCUUCUCCUUUCUUGGUAAAUUGAUGACUCUGGUUUCUAAAUUGUCUGCCAAUCUUUGCCUUUUUCCUCUCCUCCCACAGAAUGCUUUUUGCAAGUGAUGCUGCAAGCCGGUUUCUUUUCUUUUCCUUACAUUCAAAGUGAAGAUUUUUGCUUGUCUUUCCAUUCAAAACAAUACCCCAAAUCCAUCUUGAAUCUUGGAAAUGUUAUCGAUCUCUCCUCAACUCUCUUCUUGAGUCCUUGUAGCGUACGCGCAAUUGUCUUUGAUUUCUUUCUCGUCUCUCCAUAGCUUUCGUCUGAUCUGAGCUUAAAGUGGAAAACUUCGGUGGUGUUUAUUUUUCUCGAGGGAAACAAAAAAGUUUGUGCUUAUUUUGAAUAUUCAGCUGUCCCAAUCUUUUUUGGAUAUCAACAUUUUGAAAAUCCCCUUUUUCCUCAGGUUCGAAUAACCAGACAUACCAUAUCAUCUUAUAUUUUUGGAUUAUUCUCCUUGCUGAUACAGAAUUCCUGCUUAUAACUUCUGAUGAAAUUGAGUAUAUCCUUUUUUU